UGUAACAGGCAGGAAGAAUGACGUAACAAUUAUUUUCUCUUUUAUCGCUUCGUUCGCGGAUCCCUCUCCGUUCCUCCCCUCCGCUCGCCGCCUCGACGCGAUCCUCAACAAACCUCAGUUGGCGCACCAUAUCGUAUCCUCCUUGCGUUCCUCGGGUACUCGCUGGAUCCUGCAGUGCUCUUCCUCCGACGUUGCAGUCGAUUAGCAAGUCUCGUAGCCUCGGUGACGCGGGGUCUCCUCUCCAUCCAGCACUGGCGUGCGCCUCGCGAGCCACUCGGCGAUUCGGCCUCCGGAGCCCUUCCCUUGAAUUCCAGCAGAUUCAGCCCCUCUUGAUCCAAGUGCGACGGCCCUCAAGCGGGGAACCCUGACGAAGAGAACGCCAGAUACCUUGUCCCCGACGCCCGUGGGCUGGUCUUGGAAGACCGUGAUCGUAACAAGACCAUCCCAGCGCGUGCUGCGUAAGGGUCUGUAGGAACUUGGAGCUAUACAGUGUUAGCUUUCUCAGCUUGUGAGCCCUUCUGAAGGUACUUUGAGGUUUAAUGGAGAACAUGCAAUAUGCGGAAGAACUUCUGAGGGAGUUUCUUAUCUUUAGAGGUUUCACUAGUACACUACAAACUUUUGAUAGAGAGUUAUCUACUGAUAUUGGCAGAAACUUUCAAGUGGAUAAAAUCCUAGAUUUGGUAUUUCAAGUGUAUGUACCCAAACAUGAAGCUGAUAAAUUAAUUUCGCUUAUUAAUUUCUUUAAGAGAUGCUUUUGUUCACCUUCGGAGACACUGUUCAUUUCUACUUUAAAAAAACUGGAAGUCUCAAUUCUGCGGUAUUACAUCAUUCAUGCUCUGCAAUCUGGAAGACAAGAUAAAGUAGUGGAAUUCUUUCAAGAUAAUACCAAUUAUCUGUUCCAAAAUCGCGAAGAUUGGAUGCCUUGGUUUGCUAUUCCAUAUCUUACAAACCCUAGUAUGGAUCCUCAGUUUCGAGUAUACUUUUCAAAAGAAUGGUUUGAUUCCUUGCAUUUGUCUUUCCAGAACUUCUUAAGCGAGGUGUUCAAUGGCACUCGUAUCCCUACUUUGUUGAAGAUCAGUACAGAAAAAAAUGCUGUGAAAACUCUUAAAGAUGGCAUCAAGCAGUUGAAUAAUAAAUUGUCCGAGCUCCAGGCGUUGUUGGAAACAAAAGAAGCCGAGAUAUUACAUUUACGAAGUCUGGCUUCAUCAGUACAGGAAGCAUUGAUACAUAAAGAGAAUAAUUCUAUCUGUGAUUUCUCAAGUGAAGCUUCAACAAAGGAUAGUCUUGUUAGUCAAGUUAAAGAUUUUCAUGAUUCUGUCAGUACUUCUCAUAACGGAGUGGAGAAAAUGUCAGCAACGAACAGUGGGGUUUCUUCAAGUUCAACAAAUGUUCCUGACAGAUCCUGCUCAGUAGAGUCAACUUCUGUAGCAGAAACUAGAGUAGACUUCUUGGCAGAAGAAGAGUUUCCUGAAGUAAAAGUAAGUUUCCAGGAAACGUUUUUGGGGCAUACAAGUACAAUUAGUCGUUGCCGUUUUUCUGCUUCAGGAACGAAUGUUGCAAGUGCUUCUGUGGAUGGAACUGUCAGGAUCUGGACAUAUGACUCAGCAACACCAACAUCCAGAAAUGCUACGAUUUACUGUGGGGCUGAAAUUAUGUCACUUGAUUGGGAAUGCAGAUCUGACCGCUUGUUGCUCAUUGGGACAGCAGAUGGAGGCAUUAAGGCUUGGAAUGUUGAUGCUAAACGGGUAGUUUGUGAUCUUAACACUACUGCAGAAUUUCCAAGCGUUUUGGACUUGAAGUGCAGCCCUGUCGAGCCAAUUUUUGUUUCAGCUGCAGCUUCGAGAUGGAAGGGCUUUCACAAGUUAGAUAGAGCAGGUUUUGCUUCAUUGACAGUUUGGAAUAUGAAAACAUGGAAGGCUAUGAUGGUCCUUCCUCUUGGUGAAGAUCCUCCUGCAAUUACUUCAUUAUGCUUCAACCAUAAUGGUAAAAUUUUGGCAGCUGCAGCAACAGAUGGAAUGAUUCAUAUGUUUGACAUGUCUGCUGGCCUACAAAUCACUGGGUGGCCAGCCCAUGAUUCAGCUGUAACCUCAUUGCUAUUUGGACAUGAUGAGACAAGCAUAUUUAGUUUAGGCUCUGAUGGCAAGAUUUUCGAAUGGAGCUUGCAAAACCAAGGUCAAGUCCUAUGGUCACGAGAUUGCAGUAGGUAUUGCUCCGCGGGGAGCUUGAAAAUGUGCAGACACGAAAUGGCACUGGAUUCGAGCGGCAGAAGAUUGUUGGUUACGUCUGGUUCAGUCAGGUCACCGAUAUAUCAGAUGCGCGGAGACAUGCCAGGAUUCCGCACAUUGCCACACAGUGGUCCAAUAACAAGUGUUGAUUGGCAUCCAACGCUUCCAAUUUUCGUAACUGGCUCAGCGGACUAUUCAGUUCGAGUUACUUCGAUGAUAUGAUAGUCCAUUUCGGUUGUACUCAUGCUUAUUUGUUACCCUCCCCUCCUCUUGAUGAUAUUUCUAGACCUUCGCCUUCUUAUCCAUUUAUUUUGAGAUCCAAAAAGGUAUUCAAACACAAUUUAUAGAUCUGCGUUGUGUGAGUGACA